AAGGCUGUGAGUUUUGAGUGUAAACCGGCCUUUUUUGGUUUAUCUUCAAUCUUUUCGAUUUUGUCUUUGUGUUUUGUGUACUUAUUAAGUCAUUUCAAAUAGUUGGCAUACUGUAACUUUUUAAUAACUUUCUGAUCAGUUGUUUCUUAAUAUGUUUAUCAAUCAUUCAUUGUGUUGAUUAUUUAUUAUAAACAUGUGUCAUUGGCUCGCUGCCAAUCAAUUUCUAUGGUUAGUGUAAAACAAAGUUGAAUAUUUUUGGUUAUGGUUUGGAUUUUUUGUACGUUAUUAAUUUUAAUACUUACUCUUUCCCUAGCUUAUUUUAUGAUAUCUUUUGAUGAUAGAAUGUUUGUGUUUUAGUAAAAUUAAUGUUUUUAAAGUUGAUAGUUAUUUAAAUUGCAGGAUAGGUUAGUUUUCUAGAGAAAGCCGCUAGUCACCGGUUAUGAUGUUCUUAUUGAAAAACUCCAAGUGGAUUUAAAACUACUAAUCGGAACUUGCUGCAUCAGUUUGGCCUCUCAUCCAUCUUAAUAUUAAAGCAACAAAAGCAUACAAAAUGACGGAGGAAGUGCAGAGGCAUUCUGUCCACACAUUGGUGUUUAGAUCAUUGAAACGGACUCAUGACAUGUUCAUUUCAAAUCAAGGCACGUUGCCUGCUAUUGAUGAGACUGCUGAAAAGUUGAAGAGGCUGGUGAAAGCACGUGAUGGAUACAGCCUUGUUUUUGACAAAGUGAAGCAAAAUAAAACCAUGAAGAAGCUUCAAUCUGAUAUGCUUGAAAAUUCUUCGGAAAAUGGUAUGAACAGUGAGAAGAAGAGCGACGCGUCGAACGCAGUGGUGCCGGUGGCAGCGAACACGGUGAUGCCUUUGAAUGCGUCGGCGUCGGGCAACGUCAACUCGUCGAUUAUCGCCGCCAGGAAAACACAGACCAUGCCCAAGCCCAAGUGGCACCCGCCGUGGAAGCUGUACCGGGUGAUAUCGGGCCAUCUGGGCUGGGUGCGCUGUGUGGCCGUCGAACCCGGCAACGAGUGGUUCGCCACCGGAUCGGCUGACAGAGUUAUCAAGAUUUGGGAGCUCGCAACAGGCAAAUUGAAAGUCUCGUUGACUGGUCACAUAAGCAGUGUGAGAGGACUGGCAGUCAGCUCCAGGCAUCCGUAUCUGUUCAGUUGUGGAGAGGACAGACAAGUCAAGUGCUGGGAUUUGGAAUACAAUAAGGUGAUACGCCACUACCACGGCCACUUGAGCGCCGUCUACACACUGACCCUCCACCCGACGAUCGACGUGCUGAUCACAGCUGGCCGCGACUCGACUGCGCGGGUCUGGGACAUGCGCACCAAGGCCAAUGUGCACACACUCACCGGCCACACCAACACUGUUGCCAGUGUCAUCAGUCAGGCUGCCGAACCCCAGAUUAUUACUGGGAGCCACGACUGUACAAUUCGACUGUGGGAUCUUGCUGCUGGUAAAUCAAUGGCUACGUUGACAAAUCACAAGAAAAGUGUGCGAUCUGUUAUUUUCCAUCCCACCUUAUACAUGUUCGCAUCUGCUAGUCCCGACAAUAUAAAACAGUGGAAAUGUCCUGAGGGCAAAUUCAUCCAGAACCUGGCGGGUCACAAUGCAAUAGUCAAUUGUUUGGCUGUGAAUCCGGAGGGAGUUCUUGUCUCGGGAGCAGACAAUGGUACACUCCAUUGCUGGGACUGGCGAACAGGAUACAACUUCCAAAGACUACAGGCACCAGUACAACCAGGAUCAAUGGAUAGUGAAUCUGGCAUAUUCUCAAUGACAUUUGAUCAGAGUGGAAGUAGGCUGAUUACUACCGAAGCUGAUAAAACCAUCAAGAUCUACAAAGAAGAUGACACUGCUACUGAAGAAAGUCAUCCAGUCCAUUGGCGCCCCGACAUUCUAAAGAGGAGGAAAUACUAGGAAAAAUCGUUUGACGUUUUCCUGCAUUCAGCUCAAACUGCAUCAGCUGCUCUUGAAGCUUGUCAACCCUCCAGAGAAACCAGUCUCUGCAUUUGAAAAUAUCUCUCUGAAUUCGAUCUUCGUCUCUCAUUUUUUAUUUAAGAUCUCUGAACUGAAAUACUUUUUGUAUUAUACCUUUAAAAUCCUUUAUCAGCAUCAUGAAUAUUCUCAUUUCUCUCAAGUGGCAUGUACCAUACCUAUUACCCAUGCUUCAUUUUUUUCUACAAUGUAAUACAGUAUUUUGGCUAGCGUAUUUCGAUUUCAGCUGCUCAAUUGAAAGUGAUUAUAUGAAUGAAAUGCCUGACA